AUGUACGGGCUUGGGACGCGGCCUUAUUUCCAUUCGUCCUUCAACUGCUUUGACUGUGGGGUCAUCAUCGGCAGCAUCUUCGAGGUCAUCUGGGCGGUCAUCAAGCCGGGGACGUCCUUCGGGAUCAGCGUGUUACGAGCUCUCAGGUUAUUGCGCAUUUUCAAAGUCACAAAGUACUGGGCGUCUCUCAGAAACCUCGUGGUGUCUCUUCUGAACUCCAUGAAAUCUAUCAUCAGUCUCUUGUUCCUCCUCUUCCUCUUCAUCGUCGUCUUCGCCCUCUUGGGAAUGCAACUCUUUGGUGGCCAAUUUAACUUCGAUGAUGGGACUCCCCCCACCAACUUUGACACCUUCCCGGCGGCCAUCAUGACAGUGUUUCAGAUCCUGACCGGGGAGGACUGGAACGAGGUGAUGUAUGAUGGGAUCAAGUCUCAGGGCGGGGUGCAGGGGGGCAUGGUCUUCUCCAUCUACUUCAUCGUCCUCACUCUCUUCGGAAACUACACCCUCCUCAAUGUUUUCUUGGCCAUCGCUGUGGACAACCUGGCCAACGCCCAGGAGCUCACCAAGGACGAGCAAGAGGAGGAGGAGGCAGCCAACCAGAAGCUCGCCCUGCAGAAAGCCAAGGAGGUGGCGGAAGUGAGUCCCCUGUCUGCAGCCAACAUGUCCAUAGCUGUGAAGGAGCAGCAGCGGAACCAGAAGGCGGCCAAGUCGGUGUGGGAGCAGCGCACGAGCGAGAUGCGCAAGCACAACCUGCUGGCGAGCCGAGAGGCGCUCUACCCCGAGCUGGCGGCCGACGAGCGCUGGAAGGCCACGUACGCGCGCCACCUGCGGCCCGACGUGAAGACGCACCUGGACCGGCCGCUCGUGGUGGACCCGCAGGAGAACCGCAACAACAACACCAACAAGAGCCGCGCCGCCGAGCCCGUGGGCCCGCGCCCGGGCCAGCCGGGCCCCGAGGAGCUGCUGCGCAAGCGCGCGGCCCCCGCGGGGCUGGCGGGGCGCAGGCCCUGGCCGGGCGGCCCCGACGCCGAGCCCAGCCGCGAGGGACCGUACGGCCGCGAGUCCGAGCCGCCGGACUUCUGGGAGGCCGAGGCCGAGCGGCCCCCGCCCGGGGAGCCGCCCCGCAGGGCGCCCGCGCACCGGCCCGGGGCGCCCAGGGAAGGCCGCGGGGGCUCGCCGCGCGCCGGCGCCGACGGGGAGCCGCGCAGACACCGCGUGCGCCGCCGGCCGGGGGACGAGGCGGCCGAGGACAGGGCCGAGCGCCGGCCCCGGCACCGCGAGGGCAGCAGGCCGGCCCGCGGCGGCGAGGGCGACGGCGAGGGCCCCGACGGCGGCGAGCGCAGGAGGCGACACCGGCACGGGGCCCCGGCCAACUACGACCAGGACGCGAGGAGGGACGACAAGGAGCGCCGGCACCGCCGGAGGAAAGACAACCAGGGCUCAGGGGUCCCGGUUUCUGGCCCCAACCUAUCGACCACCCGGCCGAUCCAGCAGGACCUGGGCCGCCAAGACCCACCGCUGGCCGAGGACAUCGACAAUAUAAAGAAUAACAAACUGGCUACGGGGGAAUCGGCCAGUCCCCACGACAGCUUGGGCCACCCCGGCGGCGGCUCCCACAGCCCGGCCAAGAUGGGAAACAGCAUGGAGCCCGGGCCUGCACCCACGCCGUCCACCACGGCCACCAACCCCCUGAACACCGCCAGCCGCCGCAUGCCCAACAACCCCGGGAACCCCUCCAACCCUGGGCCUCCCAAGACCCCCGAGAACAGCCUUAUUGUCACCAACCCCAGCAGCGGCCACAACUCAGCCAAGCCUGCCAGGAAGCCCGACCACACCGCGGUGGACAUCCCGCCCGCCUGCCCGCCCGCCCUCAACCACACCGUGGUCCAAGUGAACAAAAAUGCCAACCCAGACCCCCCGUCCCAGAAGGAGGAAGAGAAGAAGGAGGAGGAAGACGACUCCGGGGAAGAUGGCCCCAAGCCCAUGCCCCCGUACAGCUCCAUGUUCAUCCUGUCCACAACCAACCCCCUCCGCCGCCUGUGCCAUUACAUCUUGAACCUGCGCUACUUUGAGAUGUGCAUCCUGGUGGUCAUCGCCAUGAGCAGCAUCGCGCUGGCCGCCGAGGACCCGGUGCAGCCCAACGCCCCGCGGAACAACGUGCUGCGGUAUUUUGACUACGUCUUCACGGGCGUGUUUACCUUCGAGAUGGUCAUCAAGAUGAUCGACCUGGGGCUUGUCCUGCAUCAGGGCGCCUACUUCCGCGAUCUGUGGAACAUUCUGGACUUCAUUGUGGUCAGUGGGGCCCUGGUGGCCUUUGCCUUCACAGGCAACAGCAAAGGGAAGGACAUCAACACCAUCAAAUCCCUCCGCGUGCUCCGGGUGCUGCGGCCUCUCAAAACCAUCAAGCGCCUGCCGAAGCUCAAGGCGGUGUUCGAUUGCGUGGUGAACUCACUGAAGAACGUCUUCAACAUCCUCAUUGUAUACAUGCUCUUCAUGUUCAUCUUCGCCGUGGUGGCUGUCCAGCUGUUCAAAGGAAAGUUUUUCCACUGCACAGAUGAGUCCAAGGAGUUUGAGAAAGACUGUCGGGGCAAGUACCUCCUGUACGAGAAGAACGAGGUGAAGGCCCGGGACCGGGAGUGGCGCAAGUACGAGUUCCACUACGACAACGUGCUGUGGGCGCUGCUCACCCUCUUCACCGUGUCCACGGGGGAAGGCUGGCCGCAGGUCCUCAAGCAUUCAGUGGACGCCACGUUUGAGAACCAGGGCCCCAGCCCUGGGUACCGCAUGGAAAUGUCCAUCUUCUACGUGGUCUAUUUCGUGGUCUUCCCCUUCUUCUUUGUCAACAUCUUCGUGGCCUUGAUUAUCAUCACUUUCCAGGAGCAGGGGGAUAAGAUGAUGGAGGAGUACAGCCUGGAGAAAAACGAGAGAGCCUGCAUCGACUUUGCGAUCAGCGCCAAGCCACUCACCCGGCACAUGCCGCAGAACAAACAGAGUUUCCAGUACCGGAUGUGGCAGUUCGUGGUGUCCCCGCCCUUCGAGUACACGGUCAUGGCCUUGAUCGCCCUCAACACCAUCGUGCUGAUGAUGAAGUUCGACGGAGCCUCCGCGGCUUACGAUAACGCUCUGAAGGUGUUCAACAUCGUCUUCACCUCCCUCUUCUCUCUCGAGUGUGUGCUGAAAGUCACGGCCUUUGGGAUUUUGAAUUACUUCCGCGAUGCCUGGAACAUCUUCGACUUCGUGACUGUUCUGGGCAGCAUCACGGACAUCCUGGUCACCGAGUUUGGGAAUAACUUCAUCAACCUGAGCUUCCUCCGCCUCUUCCGGGCCGCGCGGCUCAUCAAGCUCCUGCGGCAGGGCUACACCAUCCGCAUCCUCCUCUGGACCUUCGUGCAGUCCUUCAAGGCCCUGCCCUAUGUCUGUCUGCUGAUCGCCAUGCUUUUCUUCAUCUACGCCAUCAUCGGGAUGCAGGUGUUUGGCAACAUCGGCAUCGACAUGGAGGACGAGGACAGCGACGAGGACGACUUCCAGAUCACCGAGCACAACAACUUCCGGACCUUCUUCCAGGCCCUUAUGCUUCUCUUCCGGAGCGCCACCGGCGAGGCCUGGCACAAUAUCAUGCUGUCCUGUCUCAGUGGGAAACCAUGCGACAGGAACUCCGGCAUCCUCACGGCUGAUUGCGGCAAUGAAUUUGCUUAUUUUUAUUUUGUUUCCUUCAUCUUCCUCUGUUCCUUUCUGAUGCUGAAUCUCUUUGUGGCUGUCAUCAUGGACAAUUUCGAGUACCUCACCCGUGACUCCUCCAUCCUGGGGCCGCACCACCUGGACGAGUACGUGCGGGUGUGGGCCGAGUACGACCCCGCCGCCUGGGGCCGCCUGUCUUACCCGGACAUGUAUCAGAUGUUAAGACACAUGUCUCCGCCCUUGGGUCUGGGGAAGAAAUGUCCGGCCAGAAUGGCUUACAAGAGGCUCCUACGGAUGGAUCUGCCCGUGGCCGACGACAACACGGUCCACUUUAACUCCACCCUCAUGGCGCUGAUCCGCACGGCCCUGGACAUAAAGAUCGCCAAGGGUGGAGCCGACAAGCAGCAGAUGGAUGCGGAGUUGCGCAAGGAGAUGAUGGCCAUUUGGCCCAACCUAUCGCAGAAGACGCUGGACCUCCUGGUGACUCCGCACAAGUCCACGGAUCUGACGGUGGGGAAAAUCUACGCUGCCAUGAUGAUCAUGGAAUACUACCGUCAGAGCAAGGCCAAGCGGCUCCAAGCCAUGCGGGAGGAGCAGAACCGGACGCCGCUCAUGUUCCAGCGCAUGGAGCCCCCGUCCCCCACGCAGGAGGGGGGGCCCGGCCAGAACGCCCUCCCCGCGACCCAGCUGGACCCGGGCGGAGGCUUGAUGGCUCACGAAGGCGGCAUGAAGGAGAGCCCGUCGUGGGUGACGCAGCGGGCCCAGGAGAUGUUCCAGAAGACGGGCACGUGGAGCCCGGAGCGAGGGCCCCCCGCCGACGGGCCCAGCGCCCAGCCCAACUCGCAGUCGGUGGAGAUGCGUGAAAUGUGCACGGAAGGCUACUCGGACGGCGAGCACUACCUCCCCAUGGAGGGCCAGGCCCGCGCCGCCUCCAUGCCCCGCCUCCCCGCCGAGAACCAGAGGAGAAGGGGCCGGCCACGUGGGAAUAACCUCAGCACCAUCUCGGACACCAGCCCCAUGAAGCGCUCGGCCUCCGUGCUGGGCCCCAAGGCGCGGCGGCUGGACGACUACUCGCUGGAGCGGGUGCCGCCCGAGGACGCCCCGCGCUUCCACCAGCGGCGCCGCGAGCGCGGCCACCGCGCGUCCGAGCGCUCCCUCGGCCGCUACACCGACGUGGACACAGGCUUGGGGACGGACCUGAGCAUGACCACGCAGUCCGGGGACCUGCCGCCCAAGGAGCGGGACCAGGAGCGGGGCCGGCCCAAGGACCGCAAGCACCGGCAGCACCACCACCACCACCACCACCACCACCCGCCGGCCCCCGACAAGGAGCGCUACGCCCCGGAGCGGCCGGAGCACCGGGCCCGGGCCCGCGACCAGCGCUGGUCCCGCUCCCCGAGCGAGGGCCGCGAGCACGUGACGCACCGGCAGGGCAGUAGUUCAGUCAGUGGAAGCCCCGCCCCCUCAACGUCCGGCACCAGCACGCCGCGGCGCGGCCGCCGCCAGCUCCCCCAGACCCCCUGCACCCCGCGGCCCCACGUGUCCUACUCCCCCGUGGUCCGUAAGGCGGGCGCCGCGCAGCCGCCGCCGCCGCCGGGCGCGGGGCCGGGGCCGGGCGCGGGGCCCAGGCCGGGCCGCGCGGCCCCGGGCGGCCCGCGGAGGUUCGCCGAGCCCGGGGCGCCGCCGCCGCCGCCGCCGCCGGGCGCGCGCGCCGACUCCCCGCGGGCCUGCCGCGUGCGCGCGCCCGCCUCGCACGCGCCCGACGGGCCGCCCGGCGCCCGGCACCGCGGCUACUUCCGCGGCUCCGACUACGACGACGCCGAGGCGCCCGGCGCCGAGCCGCAGCCGCCCGCGCGCCACGGGCCGCCCGCCGGCCGCUCGCCCAGGACUCCCCGGGCCGCGGGCCCCGCCGGCCCCGCGCCCGCCCGGCACGGCCGGAGGCUCCCCAACGGCUACUACCCGGUCCCCGGGCCGCCCCGGCCCCGCGGCCCCGGCGCCCGCCGCGGCCCGCAGGACCCCUACAGCGAGAGCGAGGACGACUGGUGCUAA